AUGGGAGCAGAAAAUUCGAAACGAAAGGAUCUCAAAAAUAUCACUGAUGAAGAGUACAAAAAGUUUAUGGAAAACUGGAAAAAGGCGACGAAUGGGAAGGAUAAAAUGACUAGGGAACAGUUUGUGCCAACAUUCCCAAUAUUCGGCGAGGGCUCCGCUCAGUGCUACUAUCGAUUGGUGAACGACGAGCCGUCGGGUCUUCUGCCUUCGAAGUCACUUUUGAGAAUUAUUGAUGGAGGAUUGGGACACUUUGAUACACUCGCGAAUUCAUUGAUUCUCUGUUUUGGAAAAGAGAAAGAUGUGUUGAUGCGAGCCGUCGUAAAAAUCUUCUGCGAAGCCAACAAAUUCACCCGAGAAGACCAAGUACGUCUCUACGAUUAUUUUGAGACGGAAAACACGAAACCAAUUGAAGAACUUGAUCACUUCUUCUCCACCUGCCCUCUGUUCCCAUAUACUGGCUCAUUCAUCUACCAAAGACUCGUCGAACGUCCCGGCGACUCGAAAAUGCCGACAUUGAACGAGAAGUCACAAUUGAUGGGCAAUGUCGAUCAGCUGGUUUUGAAUUCUCAUUUGCCAUUCGAUCGCCGCAAGAAUUGGACACUUUUGUACUCGAACGCGAAACACGGCCAUAGUUUCUCUCAACUUGUUAAAAAUAUCAAUGGACAGGGGCCCUGUUUCAUUGUGAUGAGAUCUAUGAGGGGCCGGAGAUUCGGAUUCUUUGCUUCUCAUGGAUUCCUGGCGGGACCACAGUAUCGGGGCUCUGCUGAGUGCUUCUUGUUCCAGUUGGCACCGAAAAUUGGGACGUUUAGUGCCACUGGGAGGACGGAUAAUUAUGUGUAUUUGAAUUAUCAGCAGCAGCAAAUGCCUAAUGGAUUGGGAAUCGGUGGAUACGAUAACGUGUGGCCGUUCUUCAUUCACGAGACAUUCGACGGUGGUCUCUCUCAAAAGAACUCGUCAGCUUUCGAACCGUGUUAUCUCGCCGAUGAGGAACACUUCCAAAUCAAGAAUAUCGAGGCGUGGCGUCCGGGAGAGAAGCCGCAGAAGACGUUCGAAGAGAUGAUGGUCGAAGCGGAGAGGGAUCCGGAGAGAUCGAUUAUCGAUAAGGAUCCAGAAGCGAGGGCGGUGAUGGAGAUGGCGGGGAAGACGAUGCAUUCGGAUGCAUAUCGAGAGAAGAAGCCGAUGUUGGAUGAGAAGUGA